AUGAUAUUGUUGGUGAACAACCACAUCAGUGACGAGGAUUUGCUCAAGGCCGAUGGUUUGAAUUUUGCAGCGUGGGAGGAAUUCUUGGAAGAACACAUGAGAGGGGCGACCGGCACAGUGAUGUUUUACAAUUGGCCGGCACGCAAAAUCCUCCAUGAACGUGUCGGGAGAGUGCUCAUCAUCAACUUGGUUGAUCGGUCCCUCCAAAGGGGGAUAUCUCGACUCACUAGGGCCCAUGACAUGUUCAACAACCUCAACCUACGCUUCAGAUUGGUCAGUCAUGUGGUGCAAAUUAGUCUGUACCAACAGGCAAUCUCAUUCAACGUGGCCGAUCACCCGUCGGCGGCUCAAAUGGCCUCUCACAUUUGGGACCUGCUUGAUGAGAUGACAUCGGCCGGGAUCCCGUUCCCCCGUGAUCACUGGGCUGGACUUGUCCUACAGAACGGUCUCCAAGCUGAACCCGCUCUACAGGACAAAUUCAAUUGCCAAGUGGAAAUUGACUUCCAGACAUCGAUGGCAGAGAGACCGGCCAUGAAUUUUGAAGAGAUGAUCAGGCUUGUUGAUAUCAUCUGCUGUCAACAAAGUUUUCCGACUACCUGCUCAAGUCCUCUAGCAAUGCAAGCUGAACCGGAACUAUCGGCUCUUCAAAAUCAGACCAGAGCACCUGAAGUCCCACUCUGCCCGGACCAUCCAGACAACAUACCGAACACACAUGACUUCAUGGCGAUGCAAGCGGGGUUAUGCUGGCAAUGCAGAUCACUGGAUCAACUCCUGCGCAACUGCCCACUCCGCUCACACCCACAAGCCAACCGUGGCAGGUUCCGAGGUCAGACACAGCAACCAGCACCUGGCCCCAUGAGAUCAGAUGCGGUGUUCCAGUUGUUCUACCCAAUCAUCACGCUGCCUGGGUUCUCGGCUGUCUACCCGCAGACCCAGUCCCAUCAACAACAAGCACACGGUGUGUACUACAUAGCUACAACAUACUACAUAUCACACAUCUCAAGACACAAAUUAGUCUUCCCUCAGUACCUGUCAAAAGCCAUUGUGUCCCAACGUCCAAAGCCGUCUGCCAACAAGGACACAGCAGGAUCUGACUCUACCAAUGAGUCCUAUGCACGAAUGGUCAAAAUUGGUGAUGUGGCUGAAGGCCUAGCCAACAUCCAUUUUGAUCAUGUGCAGGUCGAUGCACCGGACAAUGCGCCUAUUGUGGAUUCAGGUCACCAUACAUGGUGUUUUGUAUUGUGA